CCAGGUCUCAAGUCGCUCACAGUGUCGAGCUUUCUUCGCUCUUGCACGCCUCCCGGUGCCUCGGUUCCUUCUAGACGCUUCUCUGAAUCCGUUCUUCCCGUCGAAAGUACUCAUUUGAUCCAGAAUGCGUCGCGUGGGCAUCGUGGGCGGCGGGGCGGCCGGCCUUUGCGCCGCCCGCCACGUCUUGGCGUCGGGCAAGAUGACGCCGGUCGUGUGGGAAUCUUCGGCGGGCGUGGGCGGCACCUGGAAGUACAGUCCUACCAUCGGCAGGGACGCCCACGGCAACCCCAUCCACUCCAGCAUGUACAAAAACCUCAGGACCAACCUGCCGAAGGAGGUGAUGGCCUUCCCGGACUUCCCCUUCCCCGAGGGCGGCGACUCCUUCGUGCAUCACACUGUCGUGGCCAAGUACCUGCAGGACUACGCGGCCCACUUCGACGUCAGUCCUUGGGUCAAGCACGAGCACCUGGUGGAGAAGGUCUCGCCCGUCACGAACGCGGAGGGAGACACCAGCUGGGCCAUCACCGCCAGGGACCUCAACAAGAACACUUCCUUGACCACGAUUUGUGACGCCGUCUUUAUUUGCAACGGCCACUAUUCGGUUCCCAAAUUACCUAAAUUGCCGGGGAUCGAGAGGUACGGCGGGCGCCAGGUUCACAGCCACGACUAUCGCGAGCCCACUUCUUUCCGUGGGGCCUCCGUGUUGGUCCUCGGCGGAGGGGCAUCCGGCCUCGACAUCGCGAUAGAACUGGCGACAGAGGCGAAGGAGGUUAUUUUGUCCCAUAGACUGCCAAAGCCCGUGUCCUCGGAGUUGCCCUCCAACAUGCGGCAGGUGGCAGUGGCAACGGCCGCCACCGAGGACGGGUUCCUCCUCAGUGACGGAUCCUCCGUUAAAGCCGACAUCAUCCUCUACUGCACGGGGUACGAGUACACCUUCCCGUUCCUGGACGCGGAGUGCGGAGUGCGCGUGGACGGCAACCAGGUGAAGCCCCUCUACAAGCACAUGAUUAACUGCGACUUCCCCAGCAUGGCCUUCCUCGGCAUACCCGUUCAGAUAUGCCCCUUCCCGAUGUUCGACUUCCAGGUCCGGUUCUUCAUGCAGGUGCUGACGGGGAAGCUGGCGCUGCCGUCGGCGGCGGAGAUGAAGGCGGAGGUGGAGCGCGAGGUGGAGGAGCGGCUGUCCCAGGGCGUGGAGGCCCGCCACUUCCACAACAUGAGCGUCUUGCAGUGGGAGUACACGAGGAACAUGGCGGCGCUGGCGGGAAUCCACGCCACCAAUCCCGUCGUGGAGGCGCUGUUCACGGCGGUCAGGGAGAUGCGCAACAAGGCCCUCAUGACCUACAAGACGAACAGGUACAGGAUCACCGGCAGCGACUCCUUCGAGAAGGUGGCCUAGGUGCGUCGUCUGGUCUGCUCGCGGCUCCACUUCGCUCCCGAGGCUUCCAUAUUCUGAUUCUUCUUCCUCUCCGUCUUCUUCGUCUUCCUCUUCUCCUCCUCCUCCUCCUCUUCCUCUUCCUGCUCUUCUUCCUGCUGCUGCCCCCCCCCCCACCUCCUUCUUCGUCGUCUUCUUCGCAUCGUCAUUUCAUUUUCAUUUUCUAUAAAGGCUUUUUUAUCCAGUUCUCUUUCUUUAUCUCUCUUCUUAUAAUUUUCUUCGUUGAAUCAGUCGCUCUUCUCAGACUUCAUCCCUGUGAACUGAUUCCCUCUUCAUUGUCUUCUCGACUUUAUCCGCAAUUAAACCAAAUUCAGAAUUUGCUGUAUUGACUAACUGGUAAUAUCAGUUUGUAAUUCUGUGCAAACUUUCCAUCGUAUCAUUAAACCUCUCCGCCAUCGGCAAA